UGUUUACCAUUUACUGCGUACGAUUGUCCGACGGGCGGACACGGGACCAAGCCUAUUUUUAUUUAUUUGUUUUUUUUCCGCGUUUCAUUACAGGUUCACGUGCUCGCCAGUGCGGACGACCACGUCCGUUCGCGUCGCCAACCGUCGAAACGCGCAGUGCGCUAUUGAACCACGAAGACAAUUCGUAUUUUUCUUCCUUUUUUUUUUAUUUUAUCCUUCCGCGAAUCGCUCGGAACCGUUUCCCCUGCGGCCAGUCGAUUUUUUACUUUUUUUUUUCCUCAACCUCUCGAUUUCGUCGAAUAACGAUUAUGUAGGCGUUUUCAUUGAAUCCGCCGCGAAUUGUCGUCUCGUCGAACAUACCUCGUCAUGCAAAGAGCCACGUAUUCCGUGCAGCAGAUCACAAGGUCCGUGUCAAACAUUUCGGCGAUGCGCGGCAAGCACGAGACGGCUACUGCCGGUACGACCGCCGCAUCGGAAGUGGCCAACGCCGAACUGUCGUGCUACGGCGUGUUCCGCAAACUGGAACCUGACGACGAAGAAAGAGGAGGAGGUGGUGGUGAUGGUGGUUGCGGCGGCGGCGUCGUCGUCGUCGUCGACGGUCGUGUCGGUAGCGGCGGGGGAGAGUGCGUCAUCGCGGGCCGCCGGCCGCCGCCUCGGUUGUCCGUGCCGCCGCCGCCGGGAACAGCGUUCAGUCCGCAAGAACCCGCGUUCGCGCACGUUACCACCGCGGCCGAUGACGAUCGCGACCUCGACUACGACCGCGAGCACGAACAUCGCGACUGCUGCGACGGUUACUACGACGACGGCGACUUCGAUCGCGGCACGUACUCGGUGUACAACCAUUGCUAUUGCUGCGACGCAGCCACAGGGACCGACGCGCCGUCCACCGCGACUACGACCACGACGGGCCCAACGUCCGCGGCGGACCAUCGCGGUUGUUGCUGUCCGCGCGGCGACGAGUUGAGCGACUUCGGCCCCGUCGCUUGGGACUGCGACUGCGACUGUUCGGCGGUCACGGCAGGCACCACCAUCACGGGCGAUCUGCGAGGCGUCGGGGGCGCGGCGGCGGCCCCGUUCAGCCACACCCCCAUGGGCUCGACCACCAAGCUCGUAGGGAUCGACGCCAACAGUGACGACACGCCAAAGAUCUAUUGCUGUAAAUCAAAAUGUCUGCAGAGUUUCGGCACGUUGCUGAUGACCAUCUCGUUGACGGUCAGUCUGGCCAACAUCGUACGUCUUCCCCGGAUGGUGUUCCUCUACGGCGGCGGUACUUUUCUGGUAUCAUACCUCGCAGUGGCCUUAGUGUUCGGAGUGCCAUUGUUAUUCUUGGAGAUAACGCUCGGUCAGUUUUGUCAACAGGGUACUACUAAGUUAUGGAGAGCGGUGCCGUUGCUCAAAGGUGUCGGCUUCGUCAAAGUCCUAGCUUCCUUGUUACUGGCCGCGUACUAUCCGAUAAUCAUGGCGUUAUCGUUGUUUUACGGUUCGCGCAGUAUCAUAGGAAGUAUCCCGUUUCCGGAGUGCAGUAAUUCUAUCAACUUUUUCCAUGGAUCCAGCUCACAUUUCAACAGCGGCGAAGAAUGUCUCCAGCAAACGUUUAUCAAACCCCCGCACUUGAAUUGGCAGUGGAUCGCCAUGGACGUUCUGCUGUUGUUGCUCAUCUGGAUCGUAGUGGCGAUAAGCCUUAUAAAAAACAGUAAAUCCUACCGAACGGCCGCGUUGCUAGUAGUGCCCGCUACGUUUGUAACCAUCGCAGUUUUAUUGGUUAAAGGACUUAACGCGAAUCAACGAGGACUGGAAAUACUGUUGGACAUCAAAUGGGAAACUUUGUGGAAACUAGACAUAUGGUACCAUGCCAUUGUACAGUUUUUCUUCACCACUCAUUUGGGAUUCGGGAACAUCACAACUUGUGCCGGCCGCCUGUACUCCAAGUCUAAUCCUUUUUGGACUUCCGUAAUGCUCACGGUGGUCAGCAUUAUCGUUGGCGUGAGCGGCGUUUCGAUAGCCACCAUGUGGAUUUACGACAUGCAACAAUCCGGCGCGAUCGUGUCGUCUACCGCGGCCCUGUCCGAAGUUUGGUUCUUGACGUUCGUGUACGAAUUGACGGCCAAAGGAAUACUUUCCGACCUGUGGGCCACGCUCGUCUACGCGCUAGUGUUCCUUUCGGGGUUCCUGAGUUUGAUAGCGGCUACAUAUACCACGGUCGUUGGGCUGUCCGUGGAGACCAAAGAGAAGUGGAAAUGGUGGAUUUUGACGUGCACCGUCUGUUUCAUCGGUUUUUUGAUGGGCGUCUUAUGUCUUUUGCCAGAGAACCUUCAAGCCAUUCAUUUGCUGGACGAGUACAUCGUCGGCCGCAUGAUCAUCACGUCAACGGUGCUAGAGCUGAUUGGUUUUGUUUGGAUUUAUGGGUUGGAGUCAUUAUCCAACGACUUUGAAUUCGUACUCGGCUACAAACUGUGCUUCGCGUGGAAGUCCAUAUGGUUGAGCACACCGAUAUUAUUCAUGGUGUUCGAGUUUUGGAGUCUGUUUGUGAUGCCGCUGACCGAGUCCGACUACAGCUCUCACGACUCCAUGUGGCUUUACGUGAUUGGUUGGAUCGUUUACCUGUUCGUGUGGUCGCUAAUCAUUGGAAUAGCUGUGUGGCAGAUAUCCGCCCAGGUUGACUACAAUUUUUCGCAAAAAUUCCUGAGCACCAUCAAACCGUCGCGGAACUGGGGCCCGGUGGACCCGAUCUACAGGCACUGCUGGGUGCAGUGGAAGAAGCAGUAUCAGGUGACCGGCGAGCGAGACUUCACGCUGAGGCGGCGCGGCACCCGGGACUACACGCACUCGAUCAAGCGGGGCAAACACGCCGCACCGCCGGGCACCGCGUACAGCAUCAGCCCCGCGUCGCUGGACCGCACGUCGUCGUGCUACAGCGUCGGCAGCGGAUCGCCCCGUGUGCCGAACGAGUCCCGCGGUGGCCCUCACCAGCAGCAGCAGCUCCACCAUCAGUUCCACUACGACAACGCGACGGUCGACCACCAGAGACGAUGGACCGCCGGCGAGCCCAAAGGCAACGGGUGCACGUCCGUGAAUUACAUGUGAAAACGACGCGACGUCGUCACGCACGUGCACGUGCAACUCGUGUGUUUACGGAAUUCUUCGUGAUCGUACCAUUAUUAUUAUUAUUAUUAUUGUUAUUAUUAUUAUUAUUAUUAUUAUAAUUACGAUUUCUACGGAACGACGGAAUUAUAAUAAUAAUUACGAUAAUAUCACUUGUUCGUAAUGUAUUGACAUCGGAUACAGUCGUACGUCGACGCUCGCUGACGCAGUUUUACCUCGUUACACAUAUUAUUAUUAUUAUUAUUAUUAUUAUUAUUAUUAUUUUGCGUAAUAUUUGUGUACGAGAAAUAAGAGGUUUAUUGCUUUUUUUUUCUUUUUUUACUCAAUCAAAAGGAAAUAGUAGUGUUCUUUUAUUUUAUAUACUAUAUCGUAUUAUUAUUAUUAUUAUUUACCGUUUGUUUUCGAGACUAACCGUGGUAAAAGCGAGAUUUGCGUCGGAGCCGAAAACUUUGAAAAUCACUAACGAAGUCUCUCCAAAGCUUAGAUUAAGAUACCGUAGGAUUAAUUUGAAGUUACUGUCAUGUGUAUUGCAGGUUUUCUAAAUACCAAUGACUUCAGUGCCUCAAGACGAAAUAUUUUUAUUUUACAUGCGUUUUAUUUUUUUCUGUAAAGGACUGAUUUGUACACAUUUUUUUUUUUUUUUUUUGAAUAUGUAAGUUGUUUAAAGGCUUGAUCUGUACACGUUGACCUUUAUUUUUAUAUAGUGACUAUAUUAUUAUGUAUUGUAAAUAAUAAGAAACAAGAAUAUACGAUAAACCUGUGUACAGAA